AACCGAUUGAGUAGUGAAUGGUCCAAGUGUGAUAACAGGUCGUUACUACUCCCCUAUAUGCUUUUAUUCUCCUUCUCAUUCUUCCCCUUUAUCUUCACAGCUCCUUCACUCUGUUGUUGUGUAUUUGCUAUCUCAACAAUGGCGGAAGAUCAUCCAUUGUUGGGGAAUCGCGCCAUGGAAAUAGAACAAACGGAGAGUGGAGGCGAAGCAGUAGCAGCAACAAAGAAGAAGAAAGCUAAACCUGCUCGUGUUGCUUCCCUCGAUGUAUUUCGUGGCCUCUGCGUUUUGCUUAUGAUGCUUGUGGACUAUGGUGGCUCUAUUUUCCCAAGUAUUGCUCAUUCCCCGUGGAAUGGUGUACGCUUGGCAGAUUUUGUGAUGCCAUUCUUCCUUUUUAUUUCUGGAAUUUCCCUUGCAAUAGCAUAUAAGAAAGUUUUAGACAGAGAAGGAGCCACUUUGAAAGCUGUGUUUAGGAUGUUGAAACUUUUCCUCCUCGGUGUUUUUCUUCAAGGAGGUUACUUGCACGGGAUAACGGGGUUGACCUAUGGUGUAGACAUUGAAAAAAUGCGAUGGCUGGGAAUUCUGCAGAGAAUAGCUGUUGGAUAUAUCAUAGCAGCUUUGUGCGAGAUAUGGCUUCCACGUCGAAGGAUAAAAAGAAGUAUUUUCAGUAAUUACAUUUGGCAGUGGUGUGUUGCAUUUUAUCUGUGUGCUGUACAUACUUGGUUGUUAUAUGGUUUGUAUGUACCUGAUUGGGAAUUUACUGUGUCACGGACAACAGACCUCAGCAUCUACAAGGUAAAAUGUUCUGUUAGAGGUGAUCUUGGACCUGCAUGUAAUUCUGCUGGAAUGAUUGAUCGAUUUAUUCUUGGAAUAGAUCACCUAUACACAAAGCCUGUAUAUAGAAAUCUAAAGGAAUGCAAGGGAUUCAAUGAUGACAGAAUUCCGCAGAGUUUCCCUUCGUGGUGCCAUGCCCCUUUUGAACCAGAAGGCAUAUUAGGUUCCGUAACAGCUGCCGUUGCCUGCAUUAUUGGACUCCAAUAUGGCCAUAUUCUCGUUCAAUUUCAGGAUCAUAAAGAAAGGCUAUACAACUGGUCCAUCCUCUCAUUUCCACUUCUGUUUCUUGGUUUCUUCCUUGCUGUGACAGGCGUGCCAUUCAACAAAUCGUUGUACACCAUUAGUUAUCUGCUGGUAACUUCAGCCGCUGCUGGAAUCACAUUUUGUUUACUGUAUGUACUGGUCGAUAUGUAUGGUUGGAGGCGCUUGAUGUUCGCGUUAGAGUGGAUGGGGAAGCAUUCUCUUGGUAUCUUUAUUCUCAUAAUAUCAAAUGUAGCUGUCAUUUUGAUUCAAGGAUUCUAUUGGAGGGAUCCUCACAAUAACAUAGUUCGCUGGAUUGUCACGCGAUGUGUACAAAAAUGAUAUGCCAGCUUCUUGAGUUCCUGCAUAGUAUAGACUGUAAGGCUGUUACUAUAACUACACUUUAUUUGCUGCUCUUACCCUGCACAAGGUCGCAACUCGCACAGUGGUGGAGCCACAUGCGCUCAAGGGGUUGGAAAAUUACACUGUUUAGCUUGGUAAUUUUAGAAAUAAUAUGUUUAUAUACUAUAUACUAAACGAAGGGAUCAGGGCUGCAUUGGGACUUGUAUGACCCCUCUUGGCCAUACUGGCUCUGAUGGUAAUGCAGCUGCUUCGACCUAUCUCCUGAUUCCAGUACUCAGAGGCAAAUUCAGGAUUUAAUGUUUAUGGGUUCCUGCAAAGACCUCGAGUAAACUGGUUUCACAUUGUAACAUUUAUAGAUAUUUAGUAAAUUUUUCAAACACAUUUUACACUGUU